AUGUGGAAGCCCGGGACCGCCAAGCCGACCGAGGCCAAGCCGGUGGCCGCCAAGACGCCGGUCGCCGAGGCCAAGAAGGCGUCCGCCGAGGCCAAGAAGUCUGCAGCGCCCAAGGCGCCCAAGCCAACGCUGUCGCAAAACACGCUCGCCAUGAAGUUUAUGCAGCGCAAGAACACGGCUGCGGUCGUCCAAGAGGUCAAGAAGCCGGACGACGAUGACUGGGACAUGGACGGCGACGCUGCCGCCACGGACGGCAAGCUCGUGGUCAUCAAAGACCCCUCUGACCCGGCAAUUGAGAAGCAGCUUGGCCGGCGGUCGUUUGGCGGCUUUAACGCUGCGGUCGAGGAGGAGCUCAAGGCGGCGACGUCGCAGCGCCGGCACUCGGAAGCCAACAAGCGCGCGCUUAAAGAGGAGGUGUCGGCCGAAGAGAUGGCAGACCGCAUGAUCAAAUACACGGGGCUGCGGAAUAACGGCGCCGGCAACCAGCGGGAUCGCCCGAAGAAGCGACAGAAGAAGGCAUAGUGGUCCCCUCUAUAGUAUUGCCACCGACUAGAGCAUAAGCGCGUUCAAUAUGACAAUAUUCGAUAUUAUAGAG